UGCUGUGGGCUCGCCAUGUCUGCCACCUUCCUGCUGCUGCUGCUGCUGCUGGCAGCAGCAGAGGCCACGGCACCCCUGCCCUGCCAGGGUGACCCAGCGUCCGGGUGCUGGGACACGGCCACGGCCACGCGCUGCGGCUGGGAGCAGCAGUGCCAACAGCUCCGCGACAGCCUGGCCCUGGGGAAUGCGGCUGACGUGGACGGCGUGGGGCAAAGCGGGGGGAUUAAGUGCAGCCUGUGCACCAAGGUCCUGAAGAAGAUACAGUCACUGGCAGGUGACGACCCCGACGAGUCGGCGGUGGCAGCAGCAAUGCGGAAGGGCUGCCGGGCGCUGGGCCGGGUUGUGGGCAAGGUGUGCAAGCGGAUAGUGAACAAGUACCGGGACAAGAUCAGCGAGGCGCUGCAGAACGGGGAGACGCCCCAGGAGAUCUGCAGUGCCAUGGGCAUCUGCCGCUCCUGAGCACGGCACAGCCCCGAGUGCCCCCAAACCCCGACGCCCCUCCAGCCCCUGAUGCCCCCGCAGCCCUGGCAUCCCCCUCCCCCUCAGUAAAGUCCCUCCUCUGGCUCCU